CCCAUCACCGUGGGACCGCGCCGCCGGCAGGCGCGCGCGCCGGUGUUUACUUUCGUGCAGGAGGACACCGGGGAAGCGCUGCGCCCUCGCUCCCUGACGUCUGAUUGGCUCAUCCUCCGCGGGCCCUGGGCAAGCUGCCCGUUCCCAUUGGUUAGCCGCGGGCUCGCCCUCCCUCGGUGUUAGCGCCGCCUGCCUUUAUGCUCCGCUGAUGCCGAUAAGUUUGUCCCUUCCCGUUCGCCGUUAGUGGUAACCAGCAGUUACCGUUCUGGUUACGCGUCCGCGGAGAUCUCGGCCUCGGCCAAUGAGCAGCUUGCCGUGAGCGCGGUGCUGGGUACGUGACCCCGCAACGGCCGCGUCGUGCCCGGAGCCGAGCGUAGGUAGCACCGCUGCCGGCGUCUCGCCACUCCUCGCGUUCGGCCUCCCGUCUCCCAGAGCAACGCCGGUCCCGUUGGCCGCCGCCGUGGCGGGGAACGGGCUGUGCGGUCGUGAGCACCGUCGCUGAGCUACGUCAGUGUCCACAACAUCAGGGCCUCUGCAGCCUCUCUUCCAGUCUUCUUGCUUUGUUCUGACCAAUUCACAUUGUUUCUGUAUAUUCACAUGGCUCUGGAUGGCUAACAAAGAGGGAUGUUCAGUCUAAUGGCCAAUUGCUGCAGCUGGUUAAAACGGUGGCAGGAACCUGUCAGGAAGGUGACACUUAUAAUGGUGGGUCUUGAUAAUGCUGGUAAAACUGCUACCAUCCGAGGAAUUCAAGGAGAGUCUCCUGAAGACGUGGCUCCAACAGUUGGGUUUUCCAAGAUUAACCUUAAACAGGGACGCUUUGAAGUCACCAUCUUCGACUUAGGAGGUGGAAAACGAAUUCGAAAUAUCUGGAGAAAUUACUAUGCUGAGUCCUAUGGUGUAAUAUUUGUGGUGGAUUCCAGUGAUAUUGCAAGAAUGGAAGAAACAAAGCAAGCCAUGGUAGACGUUUUAAACAGCCCAAAGAUAUCAGGAAAACCAGUGUUAGUGCUGGCAAAUAAGCAGGACAGAGAAGGAGCUCUGUCAGAAGCAGAUGUAAUUGAAUCCUUAUGUCUGGAAAAGCUUGUCAAUGAACACAAGUGUCUAUGUCAAAUUGAACCUUGCUCAGCUAUCAUGGGCCGUGGGAAAAAAAUUGAUAAGUCAAUAAAAAAAGGUUUAUAUUGGCUUCUACACAUCAUAGCAAAAGACUUUGAUGCCUUAAAUGAGCGCAUCCAAAGAGACACUACAGAGCAAAAAGCCUAUGAAGAACAAAAGAAACUAGAGAGAGCUGAGCGAGUGAGAAGGAUACGAGAAGAAAGGGAAAGAGAAGAAGGGAGAAGUGUACCUGAUGAGGAAGAACCUGAGCCUGGGAACUUUGAAAACCCUUUCCAGCCUAUAUCUGCAGUAAUCUCUGAGAAUGAAAAACAAAUUGAAAAGGAAAAGAAACGGCAAAAGUUGGAGACUGAAAAGGCUACGAUUGUCUUCAAAUCACAAACAGAGCAGGAACAAAUGGAUGCCCAGCACUUAUCAAGUAGCAGUAGCCAAAACACAAAUGAUAGUAGACUAGAAAUGUGCAAUUCUACAACUACGCAACUCCUGCAGCACAAAGAAGAGAAUGAGCAGCAAGCCUCAGAAUGCUUUGACUCAGAUAACAGUAAAAAGAAAAGAAAAAAAAUAAAACUAAAAAGGAGCCACAGAGUAGAACCUGUUAAUACAGAGGACACUGUUCCCAAAAAUCCUACACCACCACCAGCUCUUCCACCAGUUGGCUGGGGAACUCCCAAACUUAAUAGACUUCGAAAACUUGAGCCUCUUGGUGAAACACAUCACGCUGAUUUCCAUGGAAAACCUUUGCCACCGUUGACUAUACGCCAAAGACCCAACAGUGAUACCCAUGAUAUCAUUGCUUAACUGGACCACAUUUUAAAAACAUAAUCAAAAAAUUAGAAACUUUUUUUAUCCUUGAAGAAAAAUUUUUGAUGUGACAUUCCAUCAGCUUGUUGCAAAAUAACUUGCUGGCGAUUAAACGUGGACUUCAUUCUGUCAUACCUGGGUGAUCAGACUUCGUCAGUUACCUCUCAAGUCACCAGCUCUUCUUCAGGAUUUAGCACAAAAUCAAGAGAGGUCUAUGUGUCCAUGGAUGCUCCUAUGAAUUUGGCAUUGACUAUUUAUUUGGUCUACUUGUGAAGAUACAUAGCUGUAAACCUGAAGAAACAUACCUUCACGAUUUUGUAAUACUGGAUAAUACGUUCUCAAAAAGACUUUUCACUGGGUGCUGCACAGUGAUUAUUACUCUUGCAGCUUAUUAAUGAUUCUAAAGCAUUUUGUAAGAUUCAUGUAAGAUAGGGUGAACAUAGGAAGGUUAUGUAACAAAUAUGAACUAUAUUUUUCUAACUUUUUAUAAAAUUAUUUGAAAGUUUGAGUGGACAUACAUACCUACUAUCAAUAAAAUGAUACCUAGAAAGCAUUAGAAAGCCAAUAGUCAAAUGCAUACAAAUAGAGUGUAUUUGACUCUUACAUUUCUCUUACAGUAGCAAUACCUCUUAUUAGAGAUUACAUUGCCAGAUGCAUAUUUCAUAUUUCUGUCAGUCUGAAGGGGGCGGUGGGGAAGGUAGAAAGAAAAGUUUAAGGUAAAUACAUUUUAUAAAAAAAUUAAUGCUAUUUGAAAGGUCUAGAAGUUUUCUUAUGUAUUGUUUUCUUUGUUAACUGAGUUUGGCAUAAGUAAAAACUCAGUUGAAAAAACAGAGCUGAAUAUUAUAUUGUCUGUUACAACACAAGAAAAUUGCACAUACUGACAGUUUUGCACUAAUUCAGUCAUGGUUUUUUUUGAAAGUUGAAUCAACCAUUACACAGGCAGGCUGUACCAGUUUUCAAUUUUAGUAAUGCUAAAAUACCAUCUUGAAAAUUAAAGGAACUCCAGUUUUUUAAGGAUUUAUAUAAUACUUCCAUGUCAUGUUUCAAUUAUACACUAAAAAAAUAACAUACGAUCACAUAAACAACAGCGGUUGCAAUUGGAUAUAUUCCUGUUUAAAUGUUUUUACUUUUACAUUGGAGACAACAUUUGGAAUAUUGUGUAAAGGUUUAUCAUUAUGCCACACAGUUACAACAAGGAUGAAACCCCUAUUCGAAGGUUUUUAGAAGCAGCAUCAUUUGAUGAUUUUCUGUUACAUUCUCAGUCUUCCAUAACACAGUAUUACCAAAUUUUUUUGGUAGAUGUUAAAACAAUGCAAUGUAUAUAUUCAGCACUUGGACAUUAGAAGUCUUUGUGGCAAUGAGUUGCACAAAUAACAUCUACUAUAUUAAAAAAAUGAAAUUAUUAAUUAAGAUUUUUUUUGAAAGAGCAUGUUUGUGUGGUGGGAAGAAAAUCAGUCUUAAGAAUAUUAAGUUUGGAAUGGAUGGAGAAGAAUAUUGGAAGUUUGCUAGUUUAAGGAUGAAACAAUUUCUAUGUGACUGUCAGCAUGAGACUAUUUCUGUUGUAUUCUAAUAGUGUUCUAAUAUGGUUCAGUUUGACUGUUUUCAGGAUUUAGUCACUUUCACUCCAAAGAAACACAAUAUUAAAUGGAGGGGGUGUUGCAUAAAAGUUUGUGUGCAAUCUCAGUCUUACUAUCUUUAGCUGUGUUACUAUUUCCAUUUUUUGGUAUAACAGCACCAUUUUCACAGGCUUUUUUUUUUUUUCAGCAUCAGUUUCUAGAAAUGUAUUACCCUUUUAUUUUAACACUUACCUAAAAUAAAUUGAUGGAGGUCUUCAUUAAAAAUAACACUAAAUACUGCUCUGGUAACAAAAUUUGAGAAACUGAAAUGUAAGAUGUUGAUACUUACAUGUGAAAUGUGUGUUAAGUGUGUUGUGUGUCUGGACACAUGUAUCAGUUUUGUUUCUGCUUUUAAAAUAAAUUUUGCCAAUAUGUGACCA